UAGCUCUAAAAGGCUGGACCGCUGGACUCCGUAGUUAUUCUUGAACCCAGAUCUUCUUCAACUUGCAUCAAAUGGCUGGCUGCACAAAGACGCAAAUGCGUAGCCGAAUGCACAUUAGACUGUACCUGGACACACAGGCCAGCCGUAUGCGUGUUGGUGAUGAUCUGGUUUUGCUAUCUUUGUCUCCACUUUCCUAUAUUUUGGGAUGGGCUCCACCUUCACGGCCUUCACGGCCUUCACGGCACCUCCGACAGGAAGUCCUUAUUUUGUUUCAAAGCCCCAAUAGUGAAAUCCGAUGGGUCUGGCAGAGAGGAAAAAAGAGGGCUUUGAAGCGGCUUCAUCAGCAAUGGAUGAUAAUUCCCUAUUAGGUGACACAGUGGAAGGUGUCGUCGACUACAAAGACCGGCCGGCGAUUCGAUCCAAGACCGGCAGAUGGAGAUCUGCUGGUUUCAUAAUUGGAGUGGAGAUAGCAGAGAGAUUUUCUUAUGUUGGAAUUGGUUCCAACCUUAUAACCUACUUGACUGGGCCGCUAGAGCAGUCGACGGUGAGUGCCGCCGUGAACGUGAACACCUGGUCAGGGGUGGCUUCCAUGACCCCUCUCUUGGGAGCUUUUGUUGCCGAUGCUUAUCUUGGCCGAUACCGGACUGUUAUCUUCGCUUCUAUCCUCUAUGUUUUGGGAUUGGGCUUGUUAACAUUAUCAGCAAUGAUUCCUUCUUUCGUUCCACAUAGUUGCGAAAACGACAUUAACAAGACAUCUUGUCAUCCUCCUGAAUACCAAAUCAUUCUCUUCUUCUCUUCUCUAUAUUUGGUGGCGCUUGCACAAGGUGGGCACAAGCCAUGCGUCCAAGCUUUUGGUGCAGAUCAAUUUGACGGUCAACAUACAGAGGAGUCCAAGUCCAAGAGUUCUUUCUUUAACUGGUGGUAUUUUGGAAUGUGUGCGGGUAUUGUAUGCACCAACUUGGUCUUAACAUACAUUCAGGACAACCUGAAUUGGGGUCUUGGAUUUGGAAUUCCAUGUAUUUGUAUGAUACUUGCACUUGCAGUUUUCUUGCUUGGAACCAAGACUUACCGCUACAGUGUCAAUGUUGAUAAUGAUAAUCCAUUCAGAAGAAUUGUGCAAGUGUUUGUUGCAGCAGUAAGGAAUCGAAAAGCCACUCUACCACCUACAGCCACUGUUGAUGAGGAGGGUGAUGGUGGGACUCUUCCCCGACGUGGUGCUACUAAACAAUUCAGGUUUCUUGACAAAGCAUUGGCUACUGUAGCCGAAGAUUCCAAGAAAGGUUGGGUUGUAUGUAGUGUUGAUCAGGUGCAAGAAGCAAAGGCAUUACUAAGGUUGGUUCCUAUAUGGGCUACAUGUUUAGUAUUUGCGCUUGCGGAUGCACAAACUUCCACAUUCUUCACCAAGCAAGGAGCCACCAUGGACAGAAGAAUAGGGUCAAGGUUCAAGAUACCACCUGCUUCCCUUCAAACCUUUAUUAACAUCUCCAUCGUUAUUUUUAUGCCCAUCUAUGAACGUGUCAUUGUUCCGAUUGCCCGAGUUUUUACCAGGAAACCCUCUGGCAUAACAAUGCUACAAAGAAUAGGUACUGGAAUUUUUUUAGCCAUGAUGUCCAUGGUGGUAGCGGCAUUAGUUGAGAGGAAAAGGCUUCAAACUGCCAUUGAUGCCAAGCUAGUGGAUAUACCAGGAGCAAUAGUUCCUAUGAGUGUUUGGUGGUUGGUUCCUCAAUACGUCUUGUUCGGAGUUGCUGAUGCCUUCACCAGGGUUGGUCUACAAGAAUUUUUCUAUGAUCAGAUGCCCAAAGCCUUGAGGAGUGUGGGUCUUGCUCUUUACCUCAGCAUCUUUGGUGUAGGAAGCUUUCUAAGCAGCUUUCUCGUCUCUGCCAUUAAGAAUUUAACGAGUGAGGAUGGUCACGACGGUUGGUUCCCAAACAAUCUUAAUAGAGCUCAUCUUGAUUACUUCUACUGGCUUCUUGCUGGUGUAGUUGCUCUUGGAUUGCUUUUCUAUUUGUAUUUUGCCAAAUCUUAUGUCUAUAAUAGGGGAUAUAAUAUAUAAGCCUUUGGUAUAAUAUCACUUGUGUACAGUUUUGUUU